AUGGCCCUCUCGCCGCAGCCGCGCGCAUACACGCUGCCCAUGUCGCCGCUCGUCAGCGCCGCUCCGCCCGCCUGUCCGCGCACGGCCGGCGGUGCGCGUCCGCGCCGCUGCUCGCUCACGCUGCUGCCGCUCGCGGACGACGCCGCCGCGUCGGGCAGCGCCCUCGCCAUCACGCCCGUCGGCGACUCGGUGCUGCUGCCCUUCCUCGACCGGCCGGCCGAGGUGCGCCAGCUGCUGCAGCAUCCCGCCAACAAGGCGCUGCUUGCUGCGCUGCAGGCCGCGCAGCCCGAGUGGGCCCGCCUCGAGCCGCUCCUCGCCGAGCCGCGCGGCCGCUUCACCGACCGCGCCUGGCUGCGCAAGAUCCGCUCCGUGCUCGGCACGCGCCGCGCACGCGAGUGCGACCGCCUCUUUGCGGCGCUCGGCGCCGACGGCAGCCUGCUCGUCUCGAGUCUGAGCGCAGCCGAGACCCGCUCGGCUUCGCAUGCGCGCUACGACAGCUGGGCCACGAGCGACGGCGAGGAUGUCUCGUCCGACGGCGAUGACAUUGCCGAGGUCUCGCACUCGCCAGUCGUGCAGAACACAUCGGAUGCACACGCCGACAUCCACGACGAGCCGCUCGACGUCGAGGCGCUGCACACCUUGCCUCGCCAGUGGCACGCUCCUCAAGCCACGCUUUCUCCCGCCGCCAUGCUGAGCCGCGCACCAGACGUCAAGCACAUGCCAGCGCACAGCCGCUCGCCCAGCCAGUCGCACCUUCAAUGCUCCGGCUCGCUGCCCGACAUCGACGAAGAGCCGCCGGCCACCUCGCUCAUGCGCACGUCACCGCCCACAACGCCCGGCGGCCACACUCUCUCAUCCCUUCCGGCACCGCGCUCGCGCCGUCAAAGCCUCAGUCUCGACGGCUCACCGGCGGACAUCAAGGCGGCUCUCAGCUCGGCACCGCCCGUCGUCGGAGUCCGCUUCGUCGCCGGCGACGUCGAGACGCGUGGUGGGCUGCCGCCGUCGGAGGAGCAGGUCGAGCAGUUGCGCGGCGCAAAGUUCAAGCGAGUGCGCCGUCUCAGCUCGCUUGUCUCGCCUCAGCUCGCUCCCGGCGCAGAAGACAUGCGAGCUUCCGCACGCAGGUCAGUCAACUCUACGGCGCGUCCGCGCUCUCAAUCACUGGCGCCCGCGUACGGAGUGCCCGUCGCUCGCGGCGUCGGCGUGGCGCCUUCGCAGCGUCGUCGUCUAUCCUUCGCUCGUUCGUUCGGCGAGCUCAAUCCUCCUGCGCGUGCCCUCACCGCCGCGCCGCUCGCCACUCUCCCGCCCGGAUCGCCGCGUGCCGACCGUAGCGCUUCCGAGUUCGCCUCACGCGCCGAUGCCGAUGGUGUGCCGCUGCUGGAGCGCAUCGCCCAGCUCGAAGCUACGGGCGCCGAGAAGCCCGCAUGGCUGGGUCUCCUGCCCGACGGCCGCACGCGUCACCCGAGCGCGGGCGCCGCAGCAGGUAAAGCUUCGCUUGCAGCCUUUCGCGCUGGCCUCGGCCUCGAGAUGCGCAGCUGCACGCCGUCAAGUCGUAGCGCGGUCAGCUCGAGGACGCCCUCGCCAGCUGCUGGAGCUUCGACCCAAGCCAAACUUCACCAAGACGAGGAGCAGGCUGCAGUCGUCGAGGCGGCCAAGCAGGAUGCCGCAACUGCCAUGCAGCGUCGCCACAGCAGCGCCGCUGCGCUUGAGGCGUCUGCGCCGGUCGACAAGCCGCAGCAUCUGCAGAGUCAGGCUCAAGAGCAGCCCAUGCCUCCCGCUACGAACCUAGAGCCGCUGGUGACGCAGCCUCGUCAGGUCAGUCGCGACUCGCCGUCCUCCCUGUUGUCGCAGCGCGCUGAUGAUCUUGCUACUCAGACACCGACUCGCAUUGGCGGCGUCAGUCUCGCCAUCGGAGGCGGCCUGUCGCUCCGUCGUGCCCAGCCCAAGCUCGAGGCCGAGAUCAAGUCGCCGACCGCGAGCGCUCCGCAAAGUGCCUCUCUCUCGGCCAGCACAAGUCCGAUGCCGCCGACGUCUGCUACGUCGAUCACUUCACCGCGCGUCUUCCGCCGUCCUGGCGGCUUUGCGGCCUUCUCUCGCGAGUACGAGCGUGCGUAUCAAGCGCGCCGCAGACGCCAUGCGCGUGCGUCGAGCAGCGCGAGCAUCGAGAGCGUCGCAUUCAGCACUGGCUCUCAAGCGAUUGCCUCGGAAGACGACGACGACUUCGAUGACGAUGGCGAGAGCGAGCUGUACGCCUCCGAGUACGACUCGCGUGCACGCACGCAGCAAGACGAAGACGCAGCGCCGCUCUCCAGCCACGCCAUGGAGCGCAGCUUCGCCGCCGCCUCGUCUCGGCACUUCUCAGACAUGUCUGAUGGAGGCUUUGCUCCUCUCACGCCGUUCUCGCCCUCGCCGAGUGGACGCACGACUCCGGCGUCCUCGGCGUGCGUCUCGCCGGUGCAAGAGCGCAAGGCCUUCGCCACUCCCGUCGUCAGUCCCAGCAUCGCGGAGAGCUGGCCUUCGUCGUGGAACAGCGGCGCAGGCAGCGGAGCAAGCCGUGCGAUUCCUUCUGUCGCGCUCCCGCGCGUGCGUAGAGAGCCGACGAUGCUGCGCAAUCGCCGUCUGCCUUCUCCUCCGCCCGGUCGCUCCACGCUGCUCUUCGCCAUUCCUCCCUCUCAAGACCGACGUUCGGCACUGGCGGCACUGCUCGCUGCGCCCGAGGCGUCCAGUGUGCUGGCGCACAUCUCGACCACACUUGGCGACGGCGCUCUCACGGCGCUGCACCGUCUCGUGGCGUCCCAGCCGCGCGCCGACCUCUCGGACGAGGAGCUGCUGCAGCGCCUCGGGCGCGAUGUCUUCCGCCUCGUCGACGCCGCAUCGCCGUCGCCCGAUGCACACGAAGAGCAGGAGCGCCUCUGUGACCCCAAGUACGCCGAGCGCUGGCACGCCUUCGAGCGCCUCAUGAAGGACCUCUUCGGUCUCGACGCUGCCGUCGUGGCCGAGGCGCACGGCCGCGCCGGUCCGCCCGUCGACUGCACCGCACGCAAGCCCGCUCCGCCUCAGACCACCUAAUCUUUCGCUACGACACGGACACGACUCACUGCCGACUCGAGAACGCGCUGGCCAUAAACGAUGCCUGCGCGCACCCCUGCUCCCGUUCCUGAUGCCCUUACGAGCCCUGACCCUAAUGACAGACGACGCAACACCCACGCACACACACGACCUCACACGCUCAGACGCUACACACAAGCUUGCCGAUGUCACCCUCACCCCACCAUCUGUACUCUGCCGCGAUGACGCACACUCAUACCUCUCUCAGCGCCUCGCGCCCCUCUUGCACGCCGUCUAGGCAUCCGAAUCCAUCAGCUCAGCCCCAUGUUCCGUC